AAACGUCAAUGUGGUCUUGUUUACAUUUGAGGUUAUUCAUAUAACAAAUAUUUUUUAUAUAAUAGGAUAAAAAUGGAGGUAGACAGCGAUUUACCUAGCUCUGUACAAGCUAAAUUCAAAUCAGAUACAGGAGAAGAAAUAGGAAGUCCCCUUGAUUUGCCCUUAAAUGUUACAAAAGAACAACUUACACUCAUAUGCAAUGCUCUGCUUCAAGAGGAAGAUAAACCAUUCCUAUUCUUCGUUAAAGAUGUUGAAAUUACUACUUCACUGAAGGAUGUAUUGGAUACAGUAAAAGUAAAUUCAGAAGAAGUAGUUGAGAUAAUUUAUCAGCAGCAGGCUGUGUUUAGAGUCAGACCUGUUACACGUUGCACAAGUUCUAUACCUGGACACGCUGAAGCUGUUAUAUCAACAAGUUUCAGUCCUUCGGGUAAAAGUUUAGCUAGUGGGUCUGGUGAUACAACUGUCAGGUUUUGGGAUUUAAACACUCAGACACCGCUACAUGUAUGUAAAGGGCACACAAACUGGGUGUUAUGUAUCAGCUGGUGUCCUGAUGGAUCUAAAUUAGCUUCAGCAUGUAAGCAAGGUAAAUUGAUGUUAUGGGACUCGGAGACAGGAAAUCAAAUUGGCAAAACUAUGAUGGGGCACAAACAGUGGAUAACUGCAUUGGCUUGGGAACCAUAUAUGAAAAAUCCUGAAUGCCGAAAACUGGCCAGUUCAUCCAAAGAUGGUGAUGUCAGGAUAUGGGAUACAGUAACAUGUUUAACUAUUCUAAGCCUAACAGGACAUUCUAAAGCAGUCACUUCUGUAAAGUGGGGUGGAAAUGGCCUUAUAUAUACAUCAUCACAGGAUAGGACCAUAAAAGUAUGGAGAGCUGAUGAUGGUAUUCUUUGUCGAACCUUAGAAGGUCAUGCCCAUUGGGUGAAUACAUUAGCCCUCAGUACAGAUUAUGUGUUAAGAACUGGGCCAUAUCAUCCAAUACUUGACAGAAAUGAACCUACUACAGAUAAAAAAAUUCUGCAACAACGAGCUAUUGACAGAUAUGAACAGGCAUGUUCAUAUGGUGCAGAGCGUUUAGUAUCAGGUUCUGACGAUUUCACAUUAUUUUUGUGGCUACCUGAAAAAGAGAAACGACCUCUUGCUAGAAUGACAGGACAUCAGCAGCUUAUUAAUGAUGUUAAAUUUUCUCCGGAUACAAGGAUUAUAGCAUCAGCAUCUUUUGAUAAGUCAGUGAAGCUUUGGGAGUCAGCGACAGGGAAAUUCAUUACAACUCUUAGAGGUCAUGUUCAAGCAGUGUACAUGGUAGCAUGGUCGGCAGAUUCAAGACUUCUCCUAAGCUCUAGUGCUGAUUCAACAUUAAAAGUUUGGAGCAUGAAAACAAAGAAGCUAGAGCUAGACUUACCCGGACAUGCAGAUGAAGUGUUUGCUGUAGAUUGGUCUCCUGAUGGAGCUUAUGUGGCUUCCGGUGGAAAGGAUAAAGUAUUGAAAUUGUGGCAACAUUAAAACAUGGUUCACAUCUAAUAAUGCUUUAUUGUGGAAAUAAAUCAUUUAAUAACAAA